ACAUGAGCGACUGUUGAUACUUGUCAACUUGUCAAGUCCAUUUGAUAAGCAUACAAAUUUUUCGAAGAAUUACAGAUUUUUAACAAACAACAGUACUCAAUGGUCUUGCUGAUAUCAAAAUAUAAUUUAUAUAUAUAUACACUUUGUAUCGCAUAUAUUUUGCAAACAGCUAACUUAAAAUGAGUGAGAUAUCAAGCUGGGAAGACAUAGAAAAUGAUCAAUUCUUUAAACAACUUUUGGAUGCCGAUUCCAAAAAAACUGAUGUCAAUUCGCUAUUGUCAGUGGCUCAACAAUUAAGCAAAUUAGGGCAAGCUAUUGAGGUGUUAAAUGCAGAAUUGCAGAGACAAGUACUUGCCAAUCAUGAGGAUUUACUAUCUCAGGCAACAUGGGUUGAAAAGUUAGAAGGAGUACUCUUUAUAAUGCAAUCUCACAUACAAAGUCUUCUAUCAGCAGUUGAGCGGUUACGUGGGAAAAUUAUUGACCCAUUUAACAGAAUAGAGAUGCAAACAAUUGUAUUGGCACGGCUUCAUGAAACUUCUGAUCUAUUGAGGAGAGUUGCUAGAAUGCAACAUUUAUCCAAACGUUUAAAUUCUCAAAUGAGCAAUGUUACUCAAGGACCAGAUAUUGUCAAAGCUGCCAAUAGUCUACAUGAACUUGAGCAAUUAAUGGCAGACACAGACCUUAAUGGUUUAGAUGUGAUUGCGGAUGACCAACAGGCUGUAAAAGCUCAAAGAGCUACAGUACAAAGAAUAGCCACUCAUACACUAACCCAGGGAUUACAAGCAAUGGACAGAACAAAGGUAAGCACAGCUGUGCAGGUGUUUCAAAAUUUAGGAAUAUUAAACGGAGCUGUGGAUACAACUAUAGAGUCUACCCUGGCUGAAAUAGAGAAAAUUUCUACAGAAUCGUUAGACGUAUCUUUGGUAGCAAAUCAAGAUUUUGGGAAACGAGGAGCACCGGGCAGAGCUGCAAUUCCGUCGCCUGGAUCAUCUGGAAAUUUACGUACGAGAAUUUGGGAAAAUUUGGAGCGUCUUUUCCAAGAUACUUUAUAUACUCAAUGUUUGCAAAUCGAAUUGUUGCAAAGAGUAUUGUUAGAACAUCACACGAAAGGUUUUCACGAUUUGUCUGAGAAAUUUUGGGAUAAAGUAAAUACACUUCUUGCGAAAGUUUUGAAUGAACGAGCUCAAGGAUCGUCAUUUGUAAAACAGGCUUUAGAAGGAGAAUAUCCCAAAUUUCUAAGAAUAUUUCUGGACUUGAGUAAACGUUUAAAAGAAAGAUCUCACAGUAUUGGGAUUUAUGGUAUCGAUCGCAAUGUUCUGCAACCUUUUGAAAAUGCGUAUUUAUCGCGUUCAGUGUCACGACUUUUGGAUCCAGUACACAAUAUGUUUUCUGGAGAAGGAUUACCAACGCACGAUGAAAUCGACGGUCUUAUACGUACAAUUACAAAUGAGCUGAGCGUAUCAUUGGUGGAUGACGGACUCUCGACAGUCGUGGCGCGGAAUGUAGGAAAAGCUAUAAGAUUAUUCUGUUUGAAAUGCGAACAGAGCGUGGUGACUGGCGGUGAGGCUAGUCAAGUAAUCGAUUCUCCCACUACCGGUCAGCAAACAAAUGUCACGCUCGCAAAUCUUCUGCAUUAUCUUUCUAGCCAGACAAAUCGCGUAAUAGCGAAUUUGGCAGCUGGCUUAAUCUCCGAAGGUAGCGUCGUCAUUACCACAGCGCUCAAAGAGACAGAUAUGUUAACGAAGAAUCUGCUCGCGCCGUUAUUGACUUCUAUUAGCGAUGCGAUCGAAAGCAUUAUCUUGACGAUGCACGACGAUUCCGAAUUUAAAGACACUAGCAGCCCUCUGGGAAAAGAAAUCGGCUGUUCUCUUUACAUGCGUGAAUUACAAGGGUUCAUUUUACGAUCCGUGAAUACAUUUUUAUUACCAUACAAGAAUCAAGUAGUUGUAGCUGAAAGUUGCAAAGCUGUUGCGUCGAGAUGCAUAGAGUUAUUCGUACGUCAUGCUUGCCUCUUGAGACCUCUGACUGAUUUUGGAAGAGCAAAACUUCUAAUAGAUUUUGGUCAGAUGGAAGUAGCUGUAGCACCAUUAUGUCGAGGUGGUCAAAUGGGUUUGCUCGAGCAACAGCAAUACAGAAUUUUGCGAGCGUUAAAAACCUUGCUUGUUCUCAGUCCUAAAGAAAUGAUUGAGAAGAUUCUAGAACAAGGAGAAAGCAGCGUACCACCGUCUCUUAUUCUUUUACACUUGUUUUCUGGUGCGCCGCCCGAGAUAACGUCACCGCAUCAGAGCGCUGGAUGGUCCAUAAGCAGAUUGUCUCAGUGGAUGGACAGCCAUCCAAACGAAAGAGACAGAUUGGCACUGUGUAGUGGACCAUUGGAACGUUAUCAAUUGACAAUUCGACAACAAAAUCUUCCAACAUUCCACCCUUUAUUUCCGCAAAUGAUGAAAUUAGUAAACUUGAGAGAACAUUAAAGUUAAUUAAAGAUAUACUAUAUUAUGUAAUUGUAUAUUUCUCCUUUGUAUAAAAAUAUUCUUCUGAGUUUGUAUGAACUAAAAUGCACAACUUAAUGCACUAUGAAAAAAAAAUAUAAUUGCGUUUACAAGAGUAUACUAAACGUACUAAAAAGAAAAUAUUCAAAACAAAAAUUUCAUUAUCAUGUUACAUUUUAUAAUCUAUGAAUAUAAGUUGUCCUAUAUAUGUGAAAUCCUAUUAUUAAUGUAAUACUUAAUGGUAUAACCCAUCUGAUUCUGCUUAGAGGUUUUUUGGGAGUUAUAAAAGUUGCUGGUAUACCAAUAGCAUAUUUCUUAUCAACCUACAAUAUAGAAAUAAAAUGAGUAUAUUAAA